GUGUUUAAAUUCAACGGGAGUUGGUUGUGUCGGGUUUCCACUGUGGGGUACGCUAUUAAAAUAUCCACAAACAUUAACUUUAAUUGGACAGAAAUUUUGUGUUUGUGUGCGUCGGUGUGUAAUUUUUUUUUUAUCACGAAGCAAGGUUUUUUCGUCUUGACGCUCGUUCCUUUCGCGAGUGUAUUGGAUGUUCGGGAAAAUCGGCGCGCGUUAAAAUGACAUUCGUAACGUGAUUAGAAAAUCGAUUUAACAAAACAAUCGAUAUCGGCACAUGACACCACGUGCUCUGAACGUAAUCGUUAUGAUUGCAUCGUUAAUUGCCAGUUGAUAUUUCUGUCCUGUUCUUUCUAAUUGCUUUAAUUUCGCCCCGCCUGAGUUGUGUCAAAAAUCUAAGUGCAUCGGAAAAGACAAAGUUCCUAAAUCUAAAAGUACACUACGCGACUGUGAAAAGACCAGUGUAUCGUAUAAACUUUCAAUCAAAGUGUGACGUUAUAAUUUUGUGGUGUUAUAUUUAUUGUGAAGUGAUGCUUUGUAUGUCCGCUUGACUUUCAGCAGUAACCGCUACACCAGCGGCCGAAAUUUCAACAGAGCGUACAAAAACCCUCAAAAUUACCCGAAUUCAAUCCCCAAACAACAAACCCGGCACGCUGAGUUUCACAGAUCCGUUCGGGCCUCCCCAGUCCGCAGAUGGGGGGGGCCCGUCUACUCCCCAACCGGCAAUGACCUCCCAGGACGCGCUCGACCACCAGCACCACCACCUCACCGGGUCCCAGACCCCCCAUGACAUAUCGUCAGCUAAUUCCACCCCCACUAAUGUGUCGUCGAAGUCAGCCUUCAUUGAGCUUCAGCAGCAUGGGUACGGACCCUUUAAGGGCGGGUACCAGCACCCCCACCAUUUUGGCAGUCCUGGUGGUCAGCAGAAUCCUCAUGAGGCGUCAGGGUUCCCAAGUCCUAGGUCGUUAGGGUAUCCUUUCCCUCCCAUGCAUCAGAACACGUAUGGGUACCACUUAGGAUCGUACGCUCCUCAGUGCGCGAGUCCACCAAAAGAUGAAAAAUGCGGUCUCUCCGACGACCCUGGGCUCCGCGUGAACGGCAAAGGGAAGAAGAUGCGCAAACCCCGCACGAUAUACUCCAGUCUGCAGCUGCAACAGCUCAACCGGAGGUUUCAGAGGACGCAGUACCUCGCGCUGCCGGAGCGGGCCGAGCUGGCGGCGAGUUUGGGGCUGACUCAAACUCAGGUGAAGAUAUGGUUCCAAAACCGCAGAAGCAAAUACAAAAAGAUGAUGAAGGCGGCACAAGUCGGGGCACCACCGCCGAGCCUCGGCCUGCCGCCCGGCAGCCCGCCCAGCAGUAACCAGCUACUACACGGAGGCGGCGGCAGCUCCAGCGGGUCGCAGCAUUCACCCUCGGCGUACCAGAGCGGCGGUCCCGCGCAGGCGCAUUCGCCCACGCCGAGCUCCACGCCCGUCUCCGAGCUCUCUCCCGGGCUGUCUCCCACGGGCACACCCUGGGACGUCAAACAACCGCCGCAACAGGCCUGGGAUGUAAAGGUCGGAUAUCCGACGGCAGGCCGUUCGCCGGACGGAAGCUCGUGUGACGUCAAGCCUCCGCAUCAGCAGUCUUGGGACCCGAGGGUCGGAUACGAGGGUUAUUUCGCUCAGACGGAGGACCUAGAGGGAUCACCCAAUGCGGAGGGGGCGCGGGGGCGGCCUAUGCCUUGGAUGCUCAAGGGCGCGCCACCCGGCCCUUGGGACAUGAAGGGCGCGCACGCCGCGCAUGCGCUGCACCACCCGGGCGCGCCGCAGCCGCACCCGCCUUACAUGCAGCAGUACUCCUGGUACCAGACCGACGCCAACCCUGGACUCUUGACGGUGUGGCCGGCGGUGUAACAGCCAUCAAACUAAUAUACUAAUUUCUAAGUGUAAAUUCACUAUAAAAUGGCGGACACAAGAUGGCGCACAAGAUGGCGUCCCCAAGAGUGAUGUGACGGCACAACCAACUUUAAUCGUAAGAAGAAAUAUUUAAUAGAUAUUAAAAUGAAAUCAUUGUACAUUUUUAUAAUUAAUUAUAAAUAGAAAUUGUAAUUGUUCAUAAAUUUAAUUGUAAAUUUACGUGUUAUAUGAGACAGAUGGGACAAUUUUUUGGGACGUCAAAUAUUGCUUGUAUUACUGAAAUUAAAAAAUAAAUAGAUAUUCCCAAAGAUCUAAAAAAUCUCAAACUAAAUUCUGAAUAUAAUUUGAGAUAAAAAAAAUUAGCUAACCAUCUUGUAUAAAAUGAAAAUUUAAUAAAAAUUCAAUGGCAAGCAGUCUUAUGAAUCAUCUUAUAUAAAUAUCAAACGAUUAUAGUACUAACUGAUUGGCUGCACAAAUUGAAUAAUUGACUUAAACAGCUAAAUAAGCGUGUAAAAACAAUUGUUUUUUUUUUAUAUUUAAUUAAUCAGCAUAUUAUCGCAACAAUGGUGACCUUAGUGUCCAGCACGCCUUUCGUUACUCUAUAUUUUAUAUCGCCCAUUUACUGAGCUACAAUCUGGAUUUAAAGGAUACCUAUUGAUAAUGUUUGGAUCUAAUAUCAAUAUUGGAAUAAAUAUGGCGAAAAUCCUUUUCAAACUUUGAAUGUCAAAAUGACAUUUGAUAUUAUGGUGACCGCAGCUUUAGAAGGAUAUUUAACGUCGAAAAUGUUGCCCCAUCCAAUGCGUAAACCAAAACGCAAAAUGUUGGAGGAAAGAAUUGUUUGGUCUUAUGAUGGAUUAUAAAACGAUUUAGCGAAUUAACAGUCACAAACUAUUAUUGUAUUGUGUACUUCUGAACAGCCAAAAUUCAUUUAGUAUAUAAUAAUUAUUUUUUUCUUCUCAGCUUAUAAAUAAUCAUCAAUGUAUGUUUUUUUUUCGUAGAAAGGUCAACAAAAUCAACUUAACUUAUUUUAGUUUGACGCCGACAUAAUGUGAUAUUUGCUGUUAUUUUGCUAAAACAUUUUCAAAGGUCAGUUUAAAAAAGGAAUAUUACACUUUUAAAAAAAUAACAACAUACAUUACUCGGAAUAAGGCUAGGACGAAGUUUUUUCAAUUUAAUGUUUAUACGACUUUGUUGUUCGCUAUUUCGUUUUAAAUCUGUGAGACUUAGAAAAUGGCGCGCGCUGAGUUUUCAAAAUUAUUUAAAAAAAAUAUGCACUACGCUUAGAGGACUUUGAACCAUUCGAGAUUAAAUCCUCGCUUGUUCAUAUUAAAACAUAUUUUUAAACCAUAAACGUGUCUUUUUAAAAAUUCAGCGCACGAUGAUAAGAAAAGUUAAACAGUGUCCUAUUUGUAUGCAAUUUUCGUUUUCAUAAUUGUUUGUAUUUCACAAUGUUUUUUUUUUUUUUGUGAUUUUUGGCCCUGAAUAUAAAGUGUUCACUUGCAACUAUGUUCACGAUACAUUUAUGAUACGGCAAUUAAAAUUUGUAUAAAAGAAUAGUAUACUUGCAUUAUCUCGUAAAAUUUUUCGCGAGAUAUUUUUUCCUAUUUCAAUUUUUUUGUGUAUAAAUGAAAAAUAGCAUGUUUAAUUGGUAAGUAAUUUAAUUUUGAAAAUUAAUACAUAAAGUAAGCUUUAAUAUUUUUUUAUUUAUUUAGUAAAGGAAACUUCUUUCGGAAAAUCAUAACGGGAACACAAACCAGUCUUGUGAUAAAUAAUUAUAAGUUUUUAGAACAUUGUUUAGUGAAAAAUCGUAUUUAUUACAUUUUGUGCAAAAAUGUGUUCUGAAUGCAAAAAACAUUUAAGAUAUUUUAUCUAUAAUUUUUAUGGCAAUUCUUUAUUUUCUCUAGUACUGUGGUCUGUUCAUUUAUAUUUGAUUUAAAAAAUGUUUCAAACGAAAUCAAUGUCCUCAAUUUAAAUAAUGAACGCAUUGUCACAAUAAAUAAAGUUCAUUAUACAUUUUCACAUUUUUUUCGUUUUGAUUGUUACUUUCUUCAAAUAAUGUGAAUAGACGACAGUAACAAAUGUUAUAUUCUAAAAUGGGUCUUUACGGGAUGAUAUACAGUUUGUAAAUAUUUUUUUGUAAUAUAUAGAGAAAGUAUACAUAUGGAUAUAGAUAGAUAGUGUAAUUACUUUUUAACUACAUUGUAACAUAAGGAAAGUGGAAAUAAGAAAAAAAAUGAAUUAAUUUCUUUUGUCAAAUAAAAAGAGAAAAAUAUUUA